UAGUGAGCUGUCCCACGAGCACGUUUGUAUCCCUGACAUGCAGCACCAGCAGAAAAACAAAAACACAAGCCGACAAAUAAAAGAAGAAAAGGACAGAAAGAACCUCUCCUUGUUUUAGACUCUGCUCCAUCUCGUUUCUCUGUCCUCAUUUCGUGCCCAGAGGAGGUCAUGUCCCAGUCUGGGAAAGUCCUUCAUCUGUAUGUGGAAGUGAGGCCUGCCCCAGAUCAGAGCGGAGGAAAAGGGGCAUUUAGAGAAGAUGAAGGAGGGAUUGCUUCGGUUCAGGACGGUCCUGCGGAGCUCCUGUCUCAGCUAACGGCCCAGACGACCUGUCAGAUGGCCACACAUUCCUCCCCUGCUCAUCGUCUGGUUCAGGACUGCUCACAGAGACCGUCAGCAUGUCGGAACACUGAGACUUUCCCGCUCCAUCAGUCCAGCAGCUCACCCACAGGUAGCAGGAGGAGCGAUGGAGUCUCUGUCCUCCGCUCUUCACCAGUGCCACCUCCCUCCGGAAGGAUCACCCUCCCUCACACACCUCCCGGCUGUCGGAGGUUAAACGAGAAGGAAGUCAGCGACGGGAAACACUCCGUGGUCACCUUCAGUUACAUUGAGAAGUCCAACGUGAAGACGGUGGACAGUCCACGCAUGAGGGGGACCAGAGAGGAAAGAUCCAACACCUCCCACUUUCGUAAACGGCUCAGCGACCCAGUUUGGUUUGGGAGUCCCGAUUCAUCGUGCAGCUCAAGUCCCAAGUUGACUUUCCAAUCACCAGGAAGUCACCAGCAGACGUUCUCUCCCAGCUUUCGCCAACCAGCCUUGGACCCCAUCGGCCGGGCAGCUACCCAAAGAGCUGUGGAGGAGUUUGGCUCCCCUUUGUUGAGGAUUAAACUGGCCCAUGCACUUGAGCAAACCUCAUUUUCACGCUGCAGCAAACAGCCACGCUGCCAGUCCUGGGCUGGCUCUCCUGUUCAGCAUCAAAACAUCAGCCCCAAAGACCACUUCACAGAUCGCAGCCAGGCCAUCUUGGGGCUGCCUCGGAGCCCAGCGUCGGACCAGCUCUCCUCCCAGUCUAGACAGUCCUCUCAAUCCAGGCCUGGGUCCUGUGUGGAGACCCAGAGCCCUCGUCACUGGUCGGGGGAGGAGAGGGCGGCGGUGGGAAGCCCAGCCACCAAAAGACACAUCCACAGGACCUGUAACAGGAGCUCUUCACCACAGGGAGCGAUCCUUCAACUUGGCAAUAAUUUAGUGGAGGGCUUGAACCAGUUAAGCGACAGUAAAUCCUCGUCUCCAGCUCACAGCCCUGAAGUUGCUCGCAGGCUCGCAGAGGAGGCUACCAAAGUAUCUUCCAUUUUAUCUGAGGCGAGGAGGUCCUCGAUGCACAAUGCUUUAGGUGAGAUCACAAGCAGCUCAACCUCUGGAGGGUUUCACAAUUUGCCUCCAAAUGCACAAACGUCUCAGCAAAUGCUUAAGAUGAACAUCCCUUUAAACGACAGACACAUGCCAGCACCUGACAACACAGACGCUCACCAGCCUGAAAACUCCAUCUUGCAGUCACUCAGUCAUUCAUAUGAAACAAACUCUCGUGCUAAUUACGACCAGGUCCUUCAGAAACCUCAGCAUCAGAGCUCAGUUUUUUCUGCAGCUCAGAGUUCACCUGCGCUUCCCUCGCGUUUCCUCCGUCCCUCUCAUCCUCCCACUGAGAUCUGCUCCCCCGUGAGGGAUCCCAGGUUAUUCCAAGCUGAGCUCCGAGCACCGGAUACCCCCACCCUGCAUCGCCGGCUGCCCCCACAGUACACCGGGGACUCCUGGUCUCCGAGCCUGGACAGGACAGAAGACCUGAGCUCUUUUGAGAAAGGGGAUUGCACUGAGCUUGCUCGUAGGCUCUUUAUCAAUCAAAGUGUUGAGGAGGCACCGGUCAGCUGGACGUCCAGGCAGCAGUGGGGGGAUCAUGUAAAGAACAACCCAAGGCCAAGCUCCGAGCCUGGAUUUUGUUCCAACAACGACAAGCCUCCUGAUGGUCACUCCAGCCAAUGUCGCAGGCCGCUCAGCCCCACAGCCCAGCAGAAACGGGCUGAGCAGAGGAGGAGGGAGAUCCUGCUCCUGGGACCAGUGGUGCUGGACUCCCCAGAGGAGGAUGAGGGCUGUGAUGAAGAAGGAUACGGCAAUGACGUGGAGGGAUAUGGGGCAGGGCAGCAGCCUCGUCAGCGGAGGAUCGAGGAGCCUCCUGAGGCGGAGCAGAACGGGGGGAUGGGGGGGUCGUCCUCCCGGAGCUCCAGCGGGGUGACGGGCAGCCUGGGCGACAGGGACUGUGUGUCGCCAGAGUCCAGUCAGUCCAGUCACCAGAGCAACGAGACUGGAGCUGUGACCUCAGGAAUACAGACGGAUAGCGGCUGCACUGUGCCCGUGCCCUCGCUCCACUGUCAGAGGAUCGCUCGUGCCAAGUGGGAGUUUUUAUUCGGGACCCCUGCUGAGGAGGCUGCUAGCAGGGGGGAGAAAA